AUGGCUCGGGUAAUGAUCAGCAUCCAGACUCCAACCGAUAUCGACGAGUGUAGCAGCGCUCCAUGCCAGAAUUGCGACAUUUGCGUGGAUGGUAUCGACGCGUUUACCUGCGUGUGUGCUCCUGGCUUCACGGGAUAUCUCUGUGAAACUGAUAUCGACGAAUGUAGCAGCGAUCCAUGCCAGAAUGGCGCCAUUUGCGUGGAUGGUAUCGACGCGUUCACCUGCGUGUGUGCUCCUGGCUUCACGGGAUAUCUCUGUGAAACUGGUCAGAGUAGCUUCCCUCCUCCUCCUGUGAUAUGCGGCCAAUAUCAAAUCACGUGCUUGUACAGCCAAGAAUGCAUUUAUUUCCGUGAACUGUGUGAUGGAAAAACAGACUGCAUUGGCGGCGAAGAUGAGGACCCUGUACUUAGCUGUGGUGAAGGAGGAAGUAGCGUCUACCCGUGCAGCAUCUACCAGUCCAGCUGUGUUUUCAGCCAGGAGUGCGUUUAUUUCAGUGAAUUGUGUGAUGGAAAAAGAGACUGCGUUGGAGGUGAAGACGAGAACAAUUAUCUUUACUGUGACCCACUCGGCCUCCCACCGCAAGGAAACUCAUCGGAUGGCUCAUGUGACUUGCAAUGUCCCACCGGCGAAUGCUUCUCUGUAAACACGGUUUGUGAUGGCCACAAUGAUUGUGCAGAUGGUUUCGAUGAACAAGAGCAUAUCUGCGGUCCUCCUGUGACGUGCGGCCAAUAUCAGAUCAGGUGCUUGUACAGCAAUGAAUGCGUUUAUUUCCGUGAACUGUGUGAUGGAAAAACAGACUGCAUUGGCGGCGAAGAUGAAGACCCAGUACUUAGCUGUGGAGGAAGUGGCUACCCUCCCACGUACCCGUGCAGCGGACUCCAGGCCAGCUGUAUUUUCAGCCAGGAAUGCGUUUAUUACAAUGAAUUGUGUGAUGGAAAAAGAGACUGCAUUGGAGGCGAAGACGAGAGCAAUGCAUUUACCUGUGACCCACUCGGCCUCCCACCGCAAGGGAACUCAUCGGAUGGCUCAUGUGACUUGCAAUGUCCCACCGGCGAAUGCUUAUCUGUAUACAUGGCUUGUGACGGCCACAAUGAUUGUGCAGAUGGUUUCGAUGAACCAGAGCAUAUCUGCGGUCCACACCCUCCGCACUAUGACAGCUCAGAUGGAAUUUGUGAUAACACGCAGUACCAAUGCUUAGAUGGCUCUUGCAUUGAUCAGGGAUUUCUGUGUGAUGGCGUUGCCAACUGCAUGUAUGGUGACGAUGAAGAUGAGAACUUCUGUGGUGGUCCACCACCCAAUCCAAUUGGGGAUACUUUUACUUGUAUUUCGACCGGAGACACGAUUCCUCAGAGAUACACCUGCGACCGAAUCGUGGACUGCGCCUACGGUGAAGACGAGUGGCUGGCGUGCGGAACGCUUGGCUUUGAUGGUAUGAGGAAAAGAGACCCGAGGGAGAAAUCUUUGAGAACCGUCCGUAAGGUGGCCGAGUUGAAGAGGUCUCUCCGAAAGUAACGACAGAAUUGUAUUGUCAAGGAGGGACAGGAACAAAACAACCGGAACAGACGAUGGAAACUGAACACCAAAACGGCAGUGUGGAUUUUAGAGAGCUGUAGCGCUUGCAUAGUCAUUGACCGUUUUGUAGAUUUAGGCCUAUCUAUAGAGCGUGUAAGUAAGU